AUGUGUGCGCAGUAUCAUCGAAUCCCGUCCACGAAUGGCGAAAAUUCCGAGAAAGAACCGCUCUUUGAUAUAGAUCCGUCUACAGGACGCAAGGUGACACAUAAGCGCAUCAACAAGGCUUAUUUGGUGCACCAGCGUUGGCUUGAAAAACAGAAGCAAAUUAAGGAGCGCAAGCAGGCGAGGGCUGAAGGACGAUCUGUUCCUUAUGACCCUGAGCUAGAUGAGGAGGAAGAUGUACCUUUCCUUGCGAAUUGCUUGUUCUCAUUGACCUACACGGCGUUCGUUGUAGCUAUCAUUGCCCUUUUUGCCGGCCAGUUUAUUCAUGGCGACUUCUUAUGGGGGUAUCGUGGCAAAUGGACCAACUGGCGUACCUACUUUCCACCGACUAUGCGCGAAUUUACGCCAGAGCAGCUACAAAGGUUCAAUGGUGAAUCAAGCGGUCCUAUAUAUCUUGCCAUCAAAGGUGAUGUAUUUGAUGUCACGCCCGGAAGGAACCAUUACGGCAAAGGCGGUGCGUAUCAUUUCUUUGCCGGUCGAGAUGCGUCGCGCGCCUAUGUCACAGGGUGUUUCGAAUCGCAUUUGACUCACGACCUUCGCGGCUUUACAGAGGCGGAACACGUCAUGCUCAACCAAUGGCAUAGGUUCUAUGCACAGCAUCCCAAGUACUUCAAGAUCGGCACCAUGAGACUCCCGCCGAUCAACCCGGCAUCGCCUAUACCACCUCCGUGCAACGAACCACGCGACCAGAAACCUAACUAA